AUGAAGUUCUUUGAUAAGAAGAGAGAUCUGGAGACAUUUCAAGAUGGCGAUCAAAUCGCAGGAGUGGAUGACACGGAACAAGGUUACUUAGAAGAAGCCUUUGAUCAGGACUAUGAACCUGAAGAUGAAGAUGAACGCGAUUUCAAUCUACAUGGACAAUUCAAUGAUAUCGAUGACUCCAAAAGAGAAGAGCUCUUGGCAGAUGCAGACAAUAGUGUCAAUGAUAUGCCAGAAAUCACUGUCAGAUUCAGUGGAGAUGACAACUAUGAAUCAGACGACGAUUUGGGUGAUGAAGGCGAUGAAAAGGAAGAACCUAUUGUGGCCAAUUUGGAUGGAUCACCAUCAAGAAAAUGUUGA